AUGAUUUGGAGGGCCUGCUUUCUAAAGGCUGUUUAUGCAGCAUUUUCGAGAUCUUGUACUUGCUCCGUUGUUGAUUCAUCUCUCAAGCUCGACGUAUCAAUAGCCCAGUCACACCUUCUCGACUGGAACCACUUUGUGCAUACAUCUUCGGGCCUGCCACCCUCUGCCACAGACAUGCACAGGGGGCAGGUAUCCGCGAUCAGAAGUGAUAUACUUUCUACCAGCUUCUGCAAGUGUGAGUGUCUUUCACCCAGUUCCAGUAAUAUCCGUUUCUGUCUGGACCAUGCUGAUGGGUUGAGGGACCGGUUAGCUGAGGUGACCUCGGCCUGA